AUGGCUGCUCCGGUGGUGGUGAGAAGCUCCGGCCCGGCGCUCUGCCCGAGCUUCGCGGAGGUAUGUUCGUUCCUGGAGCGAUACGGAGCGGCGCUGGAUCUGCCCGAGAUGACUUUCCCGCAGAUGGAGAGGUAUCUGCGGGACACAACGACAGUUCCUAAACCCCUUGUGGAGCUCCACGUCAAGCUGCUCAGAAAACUGGGGAGGACUGUGUCUACUGACCGCUGGGAAAAAUACCUGGCUAAGGUUUGCCAGGAGUUGAACAGUACCUGGGCAUGGGAGCUGGAGCAGAAGGGCUACCAGGAAAUGUCCAUGGAGUGCAAGUCAAGUAUCCUCAAAUAUCUUUGUGAGUGUCAGUUCGAUGACAACCUAAAGUUCAAGAUGGCGAUUAAUGAGGAGGACCCAGAGAAGAUGCGCCUGCAGCCUAUAGGUCGGGACCGGCAGGGCCUGAUGUACUGGCUGCAGCUGGACCAGGAGCAGAACAUCCGGCUGUACACGGAGGAGCAGGACGACCAGGAUGGAUCCACCUGGACCUGCAUCGUUAGGACACGUAACGACCUGGCUGAAGCUCUAGAGCUUCUCAAGGCCCAGGUUGAGCCAAACCUGAAUCAGGAGCGGGACCAGAACCAGGCUGGACCCAGGAGCACCAGCCCCACAGUGAAAGAUGCAGGGGAUGAGGCCAUUGUAAGCACCAACCCUGAACCUUCCAUCAACGCAGAGGAACACACUGAUAUUAAGAAGGUUGACCCUGUAAAGGAAGAGAAGCCCCUAAAACAAGUGGUAAAGCAGGAGCAGAUGCCACCUAUCAAGCAGGAAAGCACGGAAGCUGAAGUGAAAGAAGAGAAGUUGGACCACAAACCGCCUGUCUUCGAUAACCGCGUGAGCACCAUCACCACCAUCAUCAAAUCAGAAUCCAGGGAUGCUGAUGCCCCCAAAAACGCUGUCUCGGUCGUCAUGGCACCAGGUGCGACUUUGACAAAACCGGAAACGAACAAGGAGGAGGAAGCAGAGCGGGCAGUCGUCAGAAGCAGCCAGCAGGCCAAGAUACCACUGAAGAAGAGGGAGCUUAAGCUUGCUGAGAGCUACCACAGCAACCACCUUAACAACAGUAACAGCAGUAGUAUUAUUGUGUGUAACCCCUCAGUGAUCCACACCAAGGACACGCAUGGAAGAGAGGGCAAGGUACCGAACUCAUUAGCAGCCCCUGGUGGUCAAGCUGCCUCACAACAGCAACAGCAACAGCAACUAGUGGUCACUGCAUCGAGGCAGGAACUGACCAACGGGAGAGCGUCUCUCCUCCUGCCGCACAAAGAGGGCCAAAAUGGAGUUAUAGGGGUCAUAGGACAAGUCGGUGUGGUAGGGCAUGUAGGGGUCAUCCGCAGCCCAUCUGAGCGUCACAGAGCCCCCAUUGCGGAUCAACAGGAACAAAAUGGGCCGAGUUCAGACCACCAGGGCUCCAGAGCUGUGGAGGAAGAGAGGGAGGUGAGCCGGCAGUCAGUACUAGUAAGGAAGGGACCUGUUGAAGGAGAGACAGUGGCUGCUCCUGCUCCUCAUGCAGUGAUGGAGGCUCAAACAGCCAAAAAACUACUGGUUUCAUCCUUAAAAUCUGAUCAGCUCCCUGAAGUGGUCGAGAGAAAAGUGGAUUCUGUCUGUGUUUCCUCGCUGUCUCAGUCCACAGAGGAACCCAAAAGGCAGACAGCAGAAGACCAGAGUAAAAAAACGACAGAGGAGCAUUUAGACAAGGGGAAGAAAACUGGCUUCAGCAGUCAUCAAAAGAAAUAUGACAGCCUGGACGAGAGGGAGGAGAGGAGAAGAGAGGUGUCUGGAUGCCCUGUGGCAGAAGAAAGAAGUAAAGAUGAUCAUGAAAAGAAUAAAAGCACGUCAGGAAAGCUGGAGGCAGACUCAGGGAGCACCGUCCCACCUCCAAAAGUAGACCAGCAGGAAACAAAGGACCACCAGGGAGAUGGGGUCAACGGUAGGUUUGCAGCCCCGUUUAGGGUGAAGGACUCUGGUCCUGGAACUGAGGAGAGGCAGGGUCCCCUUGAGGAAGCUUCCUCUGAACUCCAGAAAGAAGGAAUCAGGUUGAAGAUCAAGAUUCCUCCCCACAGGAGAAACAAGUUGAGGGGAAAAGGGGGAAAAGAGGAGGAGAAAGAGAGGGACCAAGAGGUGCAUGAGGAAGGGAGGCCACUGAGGAGAUCUGCGAGGAUCUGCAGGCCGAGCUCGAAGGCGGCGGAGAGCCAGAGAAAGAAACCACAAAGAAAACAAGCACUGCCUACCAGAACGAGGGAGGAGGGGGAGGAGGAGGAGGAGGAGGAAGAGGAAGAAGACGAAGAGGAACAGGACAUCACCACCAAGAAAGACAGAAAAACAGAACCUGUUGGUCAAACUAGGAAACAAAGGGGCAAAAGGAGGCACCGACGCCCCCGAUGGUCCAACAUUCGCUCGAAGAGGCGCAAACUGAACGAGGGAGGCGAGAUGGAGGACAGACGGAGGAAACGACGAGAGGAGGAGAGCGAAGGAGGGAGCGACUCCGAAGAAUCGUGUAAAUCAGAGGAGAUUCCCAGCGAGGAUGCCUGCAGUCACUGCGGCCUGCCCAACCACCCUGAACUGAUCCUGCUGUGUGACUCUUGUGAUAGUGGAUAUCACACUGCCUGUCUGCGGCCGCCGCUCAUGUUGAUUCCAGAUGGAGAAUGGUUCUGUCCACCCUGCCAACAUAAGCUGCUGUGUGAAAAACUGGAGGAGCAGCUGGAGAACCUGGACAGUGCUCUGAAGAAAAAAGAGCGAGCAGAGAGGAGGAGGGAGCGGCUGGUGUACGUGGGAAUCAGUGUGGAGAACAUCAUUCCUGAGGGAGAUGAGGAGGAAGAGGAGAAGUCGGCAAAGAAGAAAGAUUCCAAAAAGUGUAAAAAUCUGGGGAGGAGAUCAACCAGAGCGAGGAAGCACAUCAGCUACAGGUUUGAUGACUUCGACGAUGCCAUUGAUGAGGCUAUAGAGGAGGACAUCGGGGACCUCUGUGGUGGAGCAGGGCAAGACAAAGACAUCACAGCUAUCCAAUCAGAGGACGGCAAGGAGAGCCAGCGGCCAAUCAGAAGCCAGGCCUACUCUGCCAGAAACAGGAAGAAACGGAGACUGAAUGACCUGGAGAGUGACAGCACGGCAGCAGAGAGCGAAGACGAGUUCAUGCUCAGCAACAGCUCAGAGGAUGAGGAUUUCGGUGCGUCAGGGGCAGAUGAUGAUGAGGAGGAAGAUGAGGAUGCGGGCAGCGACAUGGGCAGCUUGGACAGUGGGACCCGCCCCAGACGGGCACUGAGAGGGGUGUCUAAACUCCGACCCAGCAGGACUCAGCGCAGGGGCAGGAAACGGCUGAGGCGGCGGCGGAGACGCUCCUCCGAGGAAGAGGAGGAGGACACUGAUGAAGAAAUGGACUCGGAUCAGUUCAGCGACAUGACUGACAGCGACGCUGACAAGAAGAGGCGGGGCCUGAGGCGGGGCCAGCGCCAGCAGGUCAACUACCGCGAGACGUCCGAGUCGUCGGACAAUUCCCGGACCUCCGGCAACAAGCACAAGGUCAAAGGGCGCGGCAGGCCACGCAAGGAGCAUCUGUCGAGCGACUACAGCGAUGUGUCGCCUUCUUCCAGAGACUCUGAUGAGGAGGACGACUAUGAAGACGAAGAGGAAGAUGAGCAGAGAAGGAGAGUGAACAGGAGGAGGAGAGAGGAGGAAAACCUGCAGAGGAACAGGAAGAGAGAAAAGCAGAGGAGGUACAAAGACGAGGAGGAGGAUGACGGAGAGAGAGGCAGGCGGCUGAAAAGGAAACUGUUGGAGAAGGAGAAAGACAAGCGGAGGAGAUUAAAGAGGACGGACAGAGAAGAGGAGGACCUGGAGAAGAUGGGCAGGGGGAAGAGGAGGGAGAUACUGUCCCAGCAGCGGCGCAAACGGCUCGCUCAGAUGCUGAAGAAACGGCGCCCUUCCACGGACGAGGAAGACGAGGAGGAGUCAGAAGAAUCCGAGUCGUCAUCGGAAGAGGACCGUCCAGUCCGCAAAAGACUCAACCGCAUCGACUCCGACGACGACGAAGAGGAAGACGAGGAGGAGGAGGAGGAGGGAAGACAGAAGGCGACGACCAAAAAGUCUUCGGCGGCGGAGAGGAGGGCCGACAGCGACGCUCAGGACAAGGGGAGGGGCCGUAGCCUGUCUCCGUCAAACGGACAUCGGACCUCCAGAGGCCCGGCGAAGCCCGGGGCGGGAAGUCCCGCUGGGCCCAGGGACAGUGCAGGAUCAGGCAGGCACAAUGGCCCCUUACAUCCAGAGGAGGAGGAAGACGAGGAGGAGGAGGAGGAGGAGGAGGAGGGCCAGACAGACUCAUUAAACUCUGUCCAGAACAGUCCGCAGUCAUGAUGGCUGUCUGUGUGAGUAACGCUCGCUUCUUUGUUUCAGUCGUUUCUUUUAACUGUCAGGCCUUUUUACCCACAAACCACCUCUGGAACUGGCUCCCUCCCCCUCCACCUCUUCCCCCUCUCGCCCUCCCGUCUUGCUCUUCCACCUCGCUGUUGUAUUGUGGUAGAGUGCUUUCCACGGUCACGUGCUGUACGUCACUCAUUUCCACUCGCCGUCGGCCCUGGCACAACGGAAGCCAGCCGGACCAAAAACCGACCUCGCCGCGGGACUGCCGGCACGUCGGGUGUCAGUGGACGCGCUCGCACGCGGCCCGAGCUCAUCGUGACCAUUUCUCCGAACUCUGGAGCUGCGGGUGUCGUUCUGGUGGGUCCAUGUGACAGGAUGACAGUGGAUUCGUCCCGUCUGGACACAGGAUCUGUUUGUAGUGUACCUCAUCCUAAAGCACUUCAUCAUUCUCAUAGCACUUAAUAACCCGCCGCCGAGGAGAGCGCCAGCGUCAAACCGAACACUUUGGAUCGAGCUGAUGGUCGGAGAGCAGACUGGAUCCCCGCAGCCGUCUGCCGGUGCACAGCUUUGCUUUCUUUGUCUCCACCCAAAUACAAUGGAAGUGAACGGAAUUGUGUUUGUUUUUGUCACAAACACAAUUUUGGUGUUUUCAUUGUCGUGGUGCUGAACUGAAAAUGACCCGUUAGCCGGGGGGGCGGGGGGGGCGCACUGCUGCAUGCUACACCCAUCCUUAUCUUGGUUUCCUGUCAACACCGUCUGCGUGGUUCAGAUCCUCGUGGAGGUACAAGUGAGAACUGUAAGUGAUCCUGUGGAAAAUCAAUUAACCAAAUGAUGAAAGCCUAAAUUACACUCAAACUACAGUAAAGCUUCAGUCUGGUUAGAUUCUCAGGAGGAGGAGGAGGAUUUCCUGCCAUAACAAUCUGAUCAUAGACUGUGUUUUUAGGUUUUGAAGUGUCGGACAGACAAAAAAAAAAAGAAAGUCAAUGAUUAAAAAACUGACCACCACGA